AUGAUCAUUCGAGCAUACAUUGCCGAUUUCGACGUAGGACGUAUCCUCAUCGAUGCCGGAAGUUCAGUCAAUGUUCUCUUCCCCGAUGCUUUUAAUGGUCUCGUAAUCGACCAUCAGAGCCUCAACAAGGAGAUCACUCCUCUUCUAAGCUUCUCGGACGAUGUGGUCGAGCCAAUCGGGAGCAUCCAGCUUCCCCUCGCCAUCGGCUCGGGCCCGAGAAAGGCUUUCAUCUACACUCAUUUCCUAGUAGUCAACUGCCCAACCGCAUACAAUGCCAUCAUCGGCAGACCCGCCCUCACCCGAAUGAAAGCCAUCCUAUCACCACAUAUGCUGCUGCUCAAAUUCCCUAUACACUUGGGAAUCGGCCAGGUUUGA